CUGGAAUGAGUUUCCUCCCGAUACGUCACUCUGGGAUAGGCUGCGAGCUACCGACCAACGCCGUCAGUCAACGGGGUUUCGGGCUGGUUACCUCCGCGUCUACGGAACGGGACCCCCAGGCAGGAGAAAGUAGCCUUGCCCAUCGCGGGUUUAAGGCUCUGGGAUUAAAGUGAUCGCCAGUCCCACAGCUUUCGUCGAAACUGCCAGUGGGGAUUCAUGCUGUGUUGGUUAGCUAAAUGCGGUACGAAGCUAAAAUGAUGCCGAUGUUCCUGACAGUGUACCUCAGUAACAAUGACCAGCAUUUUACUGAGGUCCCCGUUACCCCGGAGACCCUGUGCCGUGACGUGGUGGAGUUGUGCAAGGAGCCGGGGGAGACGGACUGCCACCUAUCUGAGAUGUGGCGUGGAUCUGAGCGAGCUGUAGGUGAUGGGGAGAGGAUGCUGGAUGUUCUCCAGCGUUGGGGACAGCACAGGGCAGAGGUGCGCUUCUUUCUGCGUCACAACCGAGCCCCCAGCAGGGAUUCAGGGGGGUCAAGAGGCUCAGAGCCGAAGAGAAAUGGAGUAAAAGGUCCCCCAGAUAGAAGAAUGGAAAAUGGGGUGGCGACCCCCCGCAUGGACAUGACAUUGGCUGAACUACAGGAGAUGGCUGCCAGACAGCAGCAACAGAUUGAAGCUCAACAACAGCUCCUCGCUUCCAAGGAGCAGCGGCUACGCUACUUGAAGCAGCAGGAGCAGCGUCAGCAGCAGCAGGCCUCUGAGCAGGAGAAACUGCAGCGUCUUCGAGAGAACAUUGAGAACCAGGAAGCUCGGCUCAAGAAGGUCAGGGCCCUCAAGGGUCAGGUGGAGCAGAAGCGCCUUAGCAAUGGCAAACUGGUGGAGGAGAUAGAGCAGAUGAACAACCUGUUCCAGCAGAAACAGAGAGAGCUAGUGAUGGCUGCAUCCAAAGUGGAGGAGCUCAGCCGACAGCUUGAGCUACUUAAAAAUGGCAAAAUGGACAAUUUCCAUGAUAACCAGAGCUCUGUGGCAGAAUUAGACCGUCUCUACAAGGAGCUGCAGCUAAGAAACAAGCUCAACCAGGACCAGAACUCAAAGUUACAGCAGCAGAGAGAGACUCUGAACAAGCGUAACCUUGAGGUGGCUUCCAUGGACAAACGCAUCAGUGAGCUCAGAGAUCGGCUGUGGAAGAAGAAGGCAGCACUGCAGCAAAAAGAGAACUUGCCUCCUCAGAUGCCCUGGCAUGCAGAGCUCACCCAUGCCGAUAAUGGCUAUCCUGGUAAAGAGAGGGCUUCAAAAGACACUCAUCUUCAGGUGCCCUCUGAUGGCCAAGCCGGACAGCAAUCAGGUCCAUCUCGCGUGGCGGCAGUUGGCCCGUAUAUCCAGUCAUCCACGAUGCCCCGGGGACCAGUGAGGCACGAGCUGCUUGUCAAACCAGCUUACCCAGACGGCACUGCCACCCUACCAUCCCACGACCCGCAGAGCAAAGCUGGCACAGGUCUUCAGCCAUCCAAGAUGGCAGACUGGGGCUCUUUAGGACCAGAGUCCAACACCAACGGUCAUGGUCCAGCUUCAACACUGCCACGAAUGACCUCCCACUCUAACUCUAACACAGAACAAGAUGAUGCAGAACUAAAGAGGGACAGGAAGGUGCGUCCAUUCUCCAUGUUUGAGCCAAUGGAGACUCCCGUCUCCUCCCUACGUAAAAACCAGAGCAGUGAUGACCUGGUCAGGGAUGCUCAGUCUGCUCCCAAGGCUCCAAUCAAGGUGCCUCCUCCUGUCCCCACCAAACCCAAAGGCCCUGGAGUCCUGCCAUACAGCAAACAAGGCCUGAACACAGGCACCUUCCCUAAAGCGAAGCCCCACAGUCAGCAGCCCCAAGCUACCCAAGGCCGUAAUACUCUCCCUCCCUCACAAAGCCAGACACUCCCCCUACCCUCCAAACAGGACACUCCACCUGCAGCAACGGUACGGCCUUUCACCCCAGAGCUGCCCUCCUCCAAGGACACCAGCCUGAGUAAACCCCAGACCUUAGCGGCCAGCUCCAUCUACUCCAUGUACACUCAGCAGCCGGGCUCAGGGAAGCCUUUCCAGCCAGGUGUUCAGGGAGCUCUGAACAGGUCUCAGACCCGUAACAAUGGAUUUGUCAGUGUGUACGGUAAACCAGUGAUCCCUAGUGGAGGCACACCACAUCCAGAGAACCCUUACCUGGACCGCCGCUCCCCUGCCCCUGAAACUGAAGUAGACCACAGUGGAGGGAACUACACUGGUCCCAGCCCAUCUGACGGCCCACAACCAGAAACUGAACGCAUCCCCCGGCCCCUUAGCCCCACCAAGUUGCUCCCCUUCAUUUCCAACCCCUACAGGCACCAGAGUGACGGUGACUUGGAAGCCCUGAGAAAGAAGCUCUACAAUGCCCCGAGACCCCUGAAAAAGCGAAGCUCAAUCACUGAACCAGAGGGUCCUGCAGGGCCCAACAUCCAGAAACUCCUCUACCAGAAGACCACUCUGGCAGCUAUGGAGACCACUGUGACUACACCAACCACUCCCACUUUUGCUGGUGAAGCUGAGAAGGCAGCAGAAGGGUCUGUCCCCACUGUUCUGAGUGGUACAGAGACCCACCAAUCAGAGACAGGACAGGCUGUUGAGGGAGGUCAGCUCCCGUCUCACAUCCCAGGUGCUAACACUCACGUUCCAGCCCCUCCUGAACCGACCAAACCAGUUUCAUCCACCUUAGAGAGCGAGGACAUUAUCCCCCCUCCUCCACCAUCUCACCCAGCCCCCAGGCCAGAUGAUGCUCUUUACCUGCCACCACCCCCCGCUGGCUUGGAUGACACAAUGCCCAACCUGCCUCCUCCACCUCCAGAUGGAUUCCUGGAGGAGUUCCCCCCCUACCCACCACCACCAUACCCCAGUGGGGCUGAGCAGGACAGCUUGGGAGAGGACACCUUUAACAUGAAGGCACCUGAGGUCACCGGCCAGGUCACUCUACCACCGGGAAAGAGGACCAACUUACGCAAGCCUGGCUCUGAGCGUAUCGAUCACAGCAUGAGAGUGAAGUUUAACCCUCUGGCUCUGCUGUUGGACUCGUCUCUGGAGGGAGAGUUCGACCUGGUCCAGAGAAUCAUUUAUGAAGUGGAGGAUCCUAGUCAACCAAAUGAUGAAGGAAUCACUGCUCUACACAACGCUGUCUGUGCUGGACACACUGAGAUUGUCAAGUUUCUGGUUCAGUUUGGUGUCAAUGUCAAUGCUGCUGACAGCGACGGCUGGACACCUCUCCAUUGUGCUGCAUCCUGCAACAACGUGCAAGUUUGCAAGUUCCUCGUGGAGUCUGGUGCAGCUGUGUUUGCCAUGACUUACAGCGACAUGCAAACAGCAGCUGAUAAAUGUGAAGAGAUGGAGGAGGGAUACACUCAAUGCUCUCAAUUCCUCUAUGGUGUUCAAGAGAAGAUGGGCAUCAUGAACAGGGGUGUGGUCUAUGGUCUAUGGGACUAUAACAGUGAAAACCCAGACGAGCUUUCGUUCCGUGAAGGAGACUGCAUGACGAUCCUCCGCAGAGAAGACGAGGACGAAAUCGAAUGGUGGUGGGCACGCAUGGGUGACACUGAAGGUUACAUUCCUCGCAACCUCCUUGGGCUCUACCCGAGGAUAAAGCCGAGACAGAGAACGCUGGCUUGAAAUACAAAGACCCCUGCACAUUCCAGUCUGCUACACACGCAGAAACAGACACAUGCACAUGCUUUAACAGACUGGAGAACAGAAGGACACUGCUGAAUGAAGAAAGAAGGACAGACCAAACAGAAUGAAGGAUCAACUAUGAAAUCUCCAGCACUUUUUAUUCUGUAGCUCCAAGAGAGGGAUUCUCUCUCACUUAUCUUCCAGGCUGCACUGUGUACUGUGUACUUAAGACACUAUUGGCAUUGUUUUUCCUUUAUUCCACUGCUUUUGUUGUUUUGUAAUAAUUGUCCAACACUCAGAAACUCACAUGUUGGGAUGUAAAUGGAACAAGCAAAAUUUUUAUUGCAAGGAUGUGUUUUUUACACUUCUGAUUAGUGUUUUGAAACUUGUUCUAUGGGCUACCAGUUACUCCCUAACACUUCUUUUUGCAUCUCAUGAAGUGGACUAUGAUGAUGAAAUACUUUGUUACCAUGACAAUCUGUGGGGGCUUGUUUCUCCUCACCUGUGCUGAGUGCCUACACCUCCAUACAACUGCACUGGAGGUGUAACUUUUCAGUUGUGGCACCACUGUUCUGGCUAAAGAAAUGAAAUGAUGUGUGGAUAAACAGCUUUUAAUUUA